CUAUUCGUUAACAAAAUGCCCAUGCCUCCCAUCAAAGAUUAAAGAAUCAAGGACCCUCUUAUUUAUUAAUUUUUUCUCAGAACCCAAUAUAUAUAUAUUAUUUAUAUUUUUCAUAAAUCACAAAUAAAUACGUGCUCGAUCUCUUAACUUAGUAGCUGUACCGCCUAAACAAGGACAACCUGGUUACACCCAAGAGAGCAAGAUAACAAAUCCAAGUCCACAAUCUGAUCAGAGAAAGGACAGAACUAGGAAGAAGCUACAUCACUCUCUCUAUCUCUCUCUUUGCACACUUUAGGCAAGCACAAAUCUUUAAUAUUUUCACUUCUUUUGUUGAAUUCCUUAUUGGUUUAGACUUUAUUCCCUGGUAUCUAAUCUGGGUCUUCAUUGUUUUCUGAUAUAGAAGCCGUUUCCUCAUCUGGGUCUUUCUUGUUUUGUGAUUUACGCUUAUUUUGUGUUUUGGGCUAUGAGGAAGAGGGAGAGAGAGAACCCUUGUGGGGUUUGUGGGCACUAUCACAAAUACGAAGAAGGAGAGGUAUGUGGGAUAUGUGGCCAUCGGAUUCCGGCUUCGGCUGAGAAAACUUCGAUUCAAGUCAGCGCCUUUCCAUCGGAGAUCUUGCCUGAGUUUCUCUAUCUAGGUAGCUAUGAUAACGCUUCACGCUCGGAACUUCUCAAGACUCAGGGAAUCUCUCGUGUUCUUAAUACAGUACCUGCUUGUCAAAAUCUCUACAAGAAUUCGUUCACCUAUCACUGCUUGCAAGAGGACAAAACUUUGCCUUUUGAUGAUGCAAUUCAAUUUUUAGAGCAAUGUGAAAGGGACAAAGCUCGUGUUCUGGUGCACUGCAUGUCUGGAAAAAAUAGGUCACCAGCAAUUGUAAUGGCUUACUUGAUGAAGUCCAAAGGAUGGAGACUUGCCCAAAGUUACCAGUGGGUGAAAGAGCGGAGACCAUCUGUUGAAUUAUCUGAAGCUGUCUACAAGCAACUGCAGGAGUAUGAGCAGAAGAUCUUUGGAUCAAUUGAUCCUGGCAACCCUGUCCUGCCUGUUUUUGCACCUACAGGUGUGCCUCCUUCGUUUAGCUUUGGCUUCCCAAAGGUUAAUGAUCCGGUUUCUGUUCCUGCUUUCAGCAAUGUUGGUACGACCUCUAUUUUUGCCCGUCCUCCUUUAGACAUUGCUCUGAACAAGUUUACUUUUGGAGCCGGCCAGACUCAGAAUAAUAAUGAUAAUAUACUGAAUCCAAAUGGCAGUGAUAUUCAAAUGGAUGGUUCUUGAUUUUCCGGUCUCUUUAUCUUUUGCGAGAUCCCAUGGUCAGAAGUUAAAUUCCUGACUUUCAGAGUUUCUUUUUAACACAAUUUGGAUGUAAAGUGGGAGUAAAAUUCUCAAAAACGUUUUGGUUUGUAAGAUUUGACAUGUUGGUCAGUAUGGGUGCCUUGUUUUUUCGAGUCUAAUGUUCAAAAGUGCAACAUCAUAUUGACUCGUUCCAAAUAUUAUACAAAUGAUUUAGUAGGGUAUAUAUCUAUCUCUUUCCUCAA